UCUUGGAUGAGGCCUUUUGUUGUGCCCUUGUUUGGUCAUACCCGGCUUGCACCGUAACACUCAACCUCAAGCACUCUUUUAUCACAACCUACACAAAUGCCUAUUGCACCAAUCACUGGCAGGCUUAGAAAGAGACUUUGGCUCGACCUCACUGUCGGCCUUGGUCUAGGCAUCUCAUCUGCUUAUGCGUAUUGGUAUGGCGUACACCUCAAGGCUGUACAAAAACAGGAGGAGUUUUAUUUCAAACUGGAGCGGGCAAGAGCGCAGUCGCAGUGAUGAGCCAGUGUGCAUGACCGCACAUUAGUGUACACCGAACCUCUGUCCCCGCCCAAAUCCACUGCGUCCCUUGGAGUUAUCUUGGCUGCCAGCUUGCGUCCGAACGAAUGUCUUCCUGAAAAAUCAAACGUGCCCAUAGCAGUAUGAGU